AUGGAUCAGGUGCCUGAUGUUCUGGACAACUGCCAUGUUGAGCAGAGACAUCGUGUUGGGACACGUUCCAAUCAGCGUGAGUGGAGGUGGCUUGAUGAUGCCAUCAAUGCAUUGGAUGGGAAGGGUCGAGGUAGUAGAGGAGCUAGGGGUGGUUGUCGAGGAGCCAAAGGUGGUGUUCGAGGUGAUGGAGGUGGUGGUGGAAGAUAUGACAUAGGUGAUAGUGGUGGACAUGACGGUGGUAUGAGUGGAGGUGGUGGACGUGAUGGUGGGAUGGGUGACGAUAGUGGAGUUGCUGAUGGUGGUUGUUGGGGAGAAGGUGUUGGUGGUCGUGGUGGUGAUGGAGAUGGUGGUUAUAGUGGCGGUGGAUAUAAUAGUUUUGGUGGUGGAUCAUUAUGCGAUGUUGGAGGUGGCGAAGAUGCCGGUUGA